AUGGCCGAAUUCGAACGGAUACGAAAGGAAAGUUACGCUGCCUUAACGGCGGCGAAUGGAAACCACGAGGCGAGUUUUCAGCCCGUCAGCUACAAAAGUUUGAUAGGUCGACUGCAACGCCUGCCAACUCGCAAGUGUCCUGCAAAGCCCACACGGCCCAGUCUGCCCGGGAAUUACAAUGCGAGGGGCCCUGUGGCCUAUGGCGACCUUUGGAACACUUCAGCAAGCGCACCCGUGCCGACCAAGUAUUUGUAUGUGUUGCAAUCUCCGAGAACGGUCAAGGAAUCCAGCUCACUGACGAUAUCUCUUAAGUGGUGCUACGAUUGCACCGCAUGGCAACUCAGCGUGGAGCCUGGCGUGGCAGUAUGCGCUCCUCCCAAUUCAGCGGCCGAAGUCGAUGAGCUGGCACUGCUUUACGCCAAGCCAGCAGAAGUGAUCGUAUCCAGGGAGGAGCGAGAGGAGCGGGUCGAGCAGUGGAUCCAAGACAACCCGAGCGAAGCUGGCGAUUAUGAUGGUAUCGAAAUCGCGACGCAAGCAUCGGUGAUCGAUACUGCCUCGGAGGUGUCGGGACCUUCAUUGCUCGACGACAAUAUCAACGAUCUUGGCAAUCUUCCCCAGGCUCUAAAUGCGAUCAAUCUCAGUCGAAUUGGACGCUACGACGAGCCUCCUACGACGACGGUAUCCAAUGUACUGGUUCGAAGUGGAAACGAGAACGCUGCUGCCGAGUCUACAGAUUUCGAGACCAGAAGCCAGGAUUCUAAUUCAAAGGCAACGAUUAUCGCUAACAGCGCCUUAGAAUCAAAUCAGCAGACCGAUUAUGCCACCACCAAUUCCAGAACGUCAGUCAAUGAUGUAUCCAACCACGAUCUCGCACUGGUGGAGCUUGGGACCACGGCUGUCGUCAAUGGCCCGCCUGAGCGGCAGCGAUCCCCCGGCCCCAGUGGAUGGGCCCGACCCAACCAGCGCAAGAUACCCUGGGCUCCCCCCAGAUACGUUCUGAGUGGCAGUGGGGUCGAUUUCUACCACUACUAUUACCUGCAGCAAGGUGACGGUGACGAACCCGAGUAG